AGAAGAAAUGGAAGAAGAAAUAGAAGAAGAAAAGUAAUCCGCAGAUGAGCGGAGAUAAACCAUAUUUGUCGAUGAGAUAAACAGCUCACUUUAACUGCCGGAAAUUCACAAUUGUGACACAUCCACCGGAAGUAAGAACAAUACCAGCGCGAACUGCGUUAUCUCUGCCGAUGUGUGGAUUAAUCUCGGAGAUGAAAGUGUCGUUUUCGUGUGGAUGAAUAUCUGACUUAUAAUUAGACAACAAUGUGUUCAGUUGAGUCUUUGAGAGAGUUUGUCAACGAGCGACUAACUGCUGCUGCUGAAGAAAUAUUGGGAGUUUUUCAAAGAAGCAUCGUCGAGUACGAGGAAGAGAUCGAUCGUCAGCGCAGACUGUUGGAUAUCGUUUUGAAGCCUGAAAUAAAGUUACACAGGACAGAGCUCCCACAGCAACAUGUGUGUAAGGAGGAGGAGGUUGUCCCUGAGCAGCAGCUCUGUAUUGAGGAGAGGAAGUCCAGUGUGGACCAAGAGGAGCCAGAGCCUCCAGAGAUUAAAGAGGAAGAGGAGGAAGUGUGCAGCAGUCAGGAGGGAGAGCAGCUUGUAGUGAAGCAGGAGACUGAUGGCUUUAUGUUGACUCCUGCUGAUGAGGAAAGUGAGCACAGUGAAGAUCAGACUCUGGACUUCAUUCAUGAUGACACUCAAAGUGCAGCAGAGAAAGAGUCUGUAUUUAAAAUGCCAGUUAUAAGCUCUGUGAUAUCAGAAGCAACCAGUGAGCACCAGCUGCUCUGUCACAACUCUCAUGUAGCUGAGAGCCAAGAUGAGGAAGGAGAACAUCAUGACAACAACAGUCACAGUAACAAUGAUAACAACUCUACCAUGUCAAAGGUUCACCUCAAAACUCGCACAGGUGAAAGGUCUUUCAAAUGUGACACAUGUGGAAAAGCUUUUCGGUAUCAGUCAAACUUAAAUAUACACUUGAGAAUCCACACAGGUGAGAAGCCCUUUACAUGCAAAACAUGUGGAACAGCUUUCAGACAUAAUAGUAGCUUGUUGGCCCACAUGAGAAUCCACACAGGUGAGAAACCCUUUACAUGCCAGACAUGUGGGAAAGCUUUCAGACACAAUAGUCAUUUGACAGCCCACAUGAGAAGCCACACAGGUGAGAAGCCAUUUACAUGCAAAACAUGUGGGAGAGCUUUCAGACGGAGUAGUGAGUUGAGAGUCCACAUGAGAAUUCACACAGACGAGAGGCUGUUUACAUGCACAACAUGUGGGAAAACUUUCAGACAGAAUUUUCAAUUGAUGGUCCACAUGAGAGUCCACACAGAUGAGAAGCCGUUUUCAUGCAAAACAUGUGGAACAGCUUUCAGACAUAGUGGUCAGUUGACUAUCCACAUGAGAAUCCACACAGGUGAGAAGCCAUUUACCUGCAAAACAUGUGGAACAGCUUUCAGACAUAAAAGUAGCUUGUUGGACCACAUGAGAAUCCACACAGGUGAGAAGCCAUAUAUAUGCACAACAUGUGGGAAAGCUUUCAGACAGAGUAGUGAGGUUAGAGUCCACAUGAGAAUCCACACAGGUGAGAAGCCAUAUAUAUGCACAACAUGUGGGAAAGCUUUCAGACAGAGUUGUAAGUUGAUAGUCCACAUGAGAAUGCACAGCAGUGAGAAGCUGCACACUUGCAGUACCUGUGGGAAAAGAUUCAGUGACAACUCAGCAUUGAAAAGUCAUAUGAGACUCCACACAGGUGAGAAGCCAUUUAUGUGCACAACAUGUGGGAAAGCUUUCAGACAAAAAAGUCACCUGACCGGCCACAUGAGAAUCCACACAGGUGAGAAGGUGUAACUUUGCAAGACCUGCAAGAAAUGACACUGUGAUGUGUUUCAAGCGCAACGCAUAUUAUAUCUCAUACAGACAAGUGGCCUUGUGUUUGUGAAACAUGCAGGAGUUCUGGUUCUUGGCACACAAGAACUCACAGAAGUGAGGGGUUGCAUAAUUGUAGCACUUAUUGAAAAGCACCUGAGGAUCAAUAAACACUGGAGAAACCAUUGAGCUGAAUCUCUUGUGGAGAUGUGUUCGCAAACUGAAUUAAGUAAAAUUCACCAUUGAGAGGUGACAACAAUAUGUUGAGGUACAUUUUGUUAAAAAUGUCAUCAUCUAACACUUAUUUUAACUCAAAUGUCCGUUGAAAACAGUUUGUCUUUGAAACAAUCUUCCAUUUCUUUUCAGUCUUUGAGUUUUAAGAGUACCAGACUGACCCUGAAGUCUAAAGCUGUUAGCAAGUUGUGUUCAUAAAGGCUGCAGAUGGGUGUGACUGUCAUUAAAAGUUAAAGUAGUCAUAGUGAAGAACUGUUGUUAUUACAGUGUUAAGUUAUAACAUUCAAGAGGUGAUUUAAUGUUGCAGCUCAUCAGCUGGAGGUCAAGUUAAAGUAUAAUUUGAUACUGUUUGAUCAGAGGAGCUGCUUCAAAGUGAACAAACAUGUGGAGGAAUCAAAUUACCUGUACUGAAGUACUAUAUUUACAACAUUGAUUGUCCUCAGAUGGCCAUGAUUGCUUGUCAAUGGUACAUAGAUAUGAAGUCUGGAAUGCUUUAAAUAAAUCUA